AAUCAACAGAGAUUUAACAAAAGAAAUUCAAUAUGAAUAUUAUCAAGGGAUUUCCCACUAUUUUCCUUUUCAUUUGCUUUGUUUUAAUUAUUACAGAUUGUUUCAUGGUUGAAGCAGAUACUUGCAAACCCAGUGGCAAGCUGAGAGGGAAAAAGCUUCCGCCAGGGCAAUGCGAUUCUAAUUGUUGUGAAGACGGAAAGUUUUAUACAACGUAUAAAUGUUCACCGCCUGUGUCGAGCCAUACAAAAGGAAAAUUGACAAUUAACAGCUUUGCUGCUGGUGGAGAAGGUGGAGGACCGUCGGAAUGCGACAACCGUUACCACUCGGAUGAUGAACCUGUGGUGGCACUUUCGACUGGGUGGUUUAACAAUAAAAAGAGGUGUUUGAAGUAUAUAACAAUCCAUGGAAAUGGAAAAAGUGUGAAGGCUAAGGUUGUGGAUGAAUGUGAUUCUGCGAAGGGGUGUGAUUCAGAGCAUGGUUAUCAGCCUCCUUGUCCCAACAACAUUGUUGAUGCCUCAAAAGCAGUUUGGAAAGCUCAUGGAGUUCCUGAAAGUGAUUGGGGCUUAAUAGAUAUCUACUGGUCAGAUACAUGCAAACCCAGUAGCAAGCUUAAAGGGAAAAAGCCUUUGCCGGGGAAAUGCAACCACGAAAAUGACUUUGAUUGUUGUAUAGAAGGAAAGCUUUACACAACGUAUAAAUGUUCACCGCCUGUGUCGAGCCAUACAAAAGCGAAGUUGACAAUUAACAGCUUUAAACCUGGCGGGGAUGGUGGCGGACAGUUAGAAUGUGACAACCAUUACCACUCAGAUGAUGACCCUGUGGUGGCACUUUCGACUGGAUGGUUUAACCACAAAAAUAGGUGUUUGAAGUAUAUCAGUAUCCAUGGCAAUGGAAAAAAUGUGAAAGCUAAGGUUGUGGACGAAUGUGAUUCUACGAUGGGAUGUGAUUCGGUGCAUGAUUACCAGCCUCCUUGUCCUAACAACAUCUUUGACGCCUCGAAAGUAGUUUGGAAAGCUCUUGGAGUUCCUGAAGAAAAUUGGGGCGAAAUGGAUAUUUAUUGGUCGGACACCAAUUGA